UAUUGGACAAUAACACUCCUCUAAAUGCGAAACAGGAAGUGUUUAUCUCCUAAGUGAAUUAUUUUCGAGAUUUUUUUUACGGUGAAUUAUUUUGGAGACUUUAUGCUGUGUUCAUUUGGGAUAAAUUGUGUGUUUGUGAAUUAUAUGUUAGUGAUUCUACUAACAUAAUUAUAUCAUUAUGAACAAACAAAUAGUUUUGUAUCCCUUCUACUGUGUUUCUGUUUUGUCAACUUUACUUUAUCUAUAUUUUAUGACAAAUGUUCAUCAAUCAACCCCGACGUUUAAAGACGCAGGAACUCUCGGAAAAUUGAUAACUCAUGCAAGUCAAACGGAAACCACUCAGAGAGCGCUAAACAAUUUGAUGAAACUUUCAAGUCAAACGGAAACCACUCAGAGAGCCCUAAACAAUUUGAUGAAACUUUCAAAUCAAACGAAAAGCACUAACAAAAUAAAUGAUCCCGAGAAGAAUUUAAAUCAUUUACUGAAAAAGGACGAAAUAUCUCAACUCGAGAUAGGCGAUGAGAAAAAAAGGACACAUUUUCUAGGAUUAACGGGAGCUUCGGGUCGGUUUGGUAAUCAUAUGUUUUUCUACGCGUCGUUAAGAGGAAUAGGGGACGCUAUCAAUUAUACACCCAUUUUAAGUAGAACAGAUCCUAUACUUAAAUUGUUUGAAAUUAAUUUGAAUAAUUCUGUCGACAAAUUUACCUUGAACAAUAAUGUUGUGAAAGGUGAAAAAUGUAUAGGAAUUUUUACCAAAGAUCUGAUGUCACCCAUAAAUAAGACAACUAAUAUAACAGUGUUUGGAUACUUACAAUCGUUUAAAUAUUUCCAAAACAUAGAAUCGGAUAUCCGAAAGGAGUUUAUCUUGAAAGCGAACAUUAAAGCUCGCGUCGAACAUAUUUUUAAUACACUUAACGUAACACAUCGGAUAAAGGUUGGGGUUCAUGUUAGAAGAGGUGAUUUUGUGAAUAGAAAAGGAACCAAGGUACCUACCCCUUCGUAUUUUUAUAAAGCUAUGAAUAUACUGAGGCAGAAUUUAACAAAUCCAAUAUUUGUCGUGUGUUCAGAGGAUAAGAAAUGGGUGACAGAUUAUUUACAAUUUAACGAUUCGGUUAUUGUUCAUGAAAGUGUAGAAGUUGAUUUUGGAGUAUUAAUGAGUUGUGAUCAUAGUAUAAUAUCAUCUGGAACUUUUGGUUGGUGGACCGCCUAUUUAACGAAAGGUACCAGCAUUUAUUUUAAGGGAUUUCCCUCGCCCCCUCUUCUUGGAUGUAUCAUUCCUCCAGACUAUUAUCCAUCUGAUUGGAUUGGACUCGAGUAAUCCAUGUACUUGAAUUCAACUCUGAUUAGCUAUAAAUAUCUGUUCGAGAUCUGUAUUUAGUUGUAUGUCUCUGAUAAUUUGAUUAAAACAAAGAUCCUAUUUCGUUUCGCUUUUAUUGUUCAAAUUUUUGUUUUACUUGCCUUUUCUACACUAGGAUCCGGAAGAGUUGUUAUAUUACCGGCGUUUUGGUUGAAGUGAAAGAUUAGCCAAUGAAACGAUCUGUUACUGCGAGUUUUGGCAUGCUCUGCACGGAACUGUGGGUAAACCCCUACGCUGAUUGAUUAUAAUUAAUGUCUGACGUCAUAGGGUCAAAAGCGACCCCUGACAUGACCUUCCAGUACAAAUUUUUAGAUCUCCAUGUAGUGCAGGCCAUCGAAAGCAUAGAAAAAAAACGAAACGAAAUAUAGAUUUGUAUUUUGAUCAGAUUGCAUUUUGCACCGUGAACAUUGAAAUAAUAUUGGCAACGUUAUUCUUCCAAAAAGUGUACUCACUAUAGAAGCGAUCGUUAAAGCUGUCAUUACUGCCACAGCAGGUAAAGACAGGCAUGUCUGAUUAAUCAUCGAACACAAUGAAAACACGUGUUGUAUGGGUAGAAAUAAAUGAAGAAUAUGGACAUUGCAAGUAUACAGAAUUGACAAAUAAAUUGACAUGGAUAAUAUAACCAUAUUGUAAACAUUGUUGGUCCUAUUAGGUUGGAUGUGUAUAUACAUAGAGGGAUCG